UGUGUCAUGGUCUACACAUUGACACACCCCCUGGAACCUGAUAUGGGUGGCCAGGCCAGCAGACAGAUUCACAGCCCAGGCUCCUCUGCCUCUAUAAUUGUGUGGACUAUUAAUUCAGAAUGGACGCUUUGGCUGUUCCAACAGACAGAGGGAAAGGCUGGUACCUUUCCCUAAUGGCACCAAACACCAAAGGACCAACAUUUGCCUGGUUGGACCCAUCAAGACUCUACUGUAAUUCCCAGGCCCUGUCAGAUUGUGUGAAGGACCUUCUCUGUCCAUUCCAGAAGGAGGCCAUUGACCUGGUAGUGGGGAUAGAUGCAAUGGGAUUCAUCCUUGGAUCGGCUGUGGCCACCACCCUUGGAAAGGGCUUUCUGGCUAUCCGCAAAGCAGGACACCUGUGCAUACAAACCCAGAGCCAAGAGUACAGUGACUACUCAGGCAGAGAGAAGAUGAUGGAGGUUCGCCUGGAUGUGUUAAGUCCAGGGCUCCAGGUGCUGAUAGUGGACCAGUGGAUAGAGACCGGAGGAACCAUGAAGGCUGCUAUCAAACUGGUGGAGAGGCAGGGAGCUACUGUUGUAGGUGUUGCUGCUGUGGCCAUUGAGAACAGCGAGGGAGGGAAGUGGAUCAAGGAGAAAUACAAAUACUCUCACUGCAUCCCGGAGGAACUACAGAGUCAAAUUGACAAACAAUAUCUUGACUCCUUCAAGAGCUUUGCCAGUUAAGUGCUCAAACUCAAGGUCAUGCAAUUCAGAGUAGGGUAUGCUAUCUCCAACUGUGCUGACCAGGAUUAUAUGUUACUCUUGUGUGGUGCUUUGUCCAAGAAGUCACUAAGAUCAUAUAUUGCCUUGGAGUGGUGAAUGCAUUCAAUGCUUUUGGCUUCUAUGCAAGCAUAUUGUGCCUAGUGAAAGUCUACACACCUGUUGCACAGUAUUCACAUAUUGUUGCCUUAAAAUUAAAUAAAAAAAAAUCCUACAGCUCUA